GGGAGCGCGCGCGGCGGAGGAGGGUGGCGGAGGCCGAGGACCAGCGAUCGACGCCAUAUUAAGGAGCGCGGAGCUCUGGCUCCCGUCAGCGGCGUCCGCGGCUGGACGCGGCGGAACUGCGUGCAGCGGAGGCGAGCGCUGCACGGCGCCAGGAGAGGCGGGGCCGCUAGAGUCAGUGGGCGACGGAAGCGGCGAGCCAGGCCCCCUGGGAAUCCAGGAUCAUCCCCAUCUCAGGAGCCGUAUCCCCAUCUGUAAGGCCCAUUUUGCCAAGCUGACAUUGGCUAGCUGACUGUGGCUGGCGGGCUGUGCCUGCCCUGCCCCGCCAUGGACCAGGACUACGAGCGGCGCCUCCUGCGGCAGAUCAUCAUCCAGAAUGAGAAUACAAUGCCAUGUGUUGCGGAGAUGCGGCGAACCCUGACACCUGCCAACUCCCCCGUGUCCUCCCCCAGCAAGCACGGAGACCGCUUCAUCCCCUCAAGAGCCGGCGCCAACUGGAGCGUGAAUUUCCACAGGAUCAAUGAAAAUGAGAAAUCUCCCAGCCAAAACCGGAAAGCGAAGGAUGCCACCUCAGACAAUGGCAAAGAUGGCUUGGCCUACUCGGCUUUGCUGAAGAACGAGCUGCUCGGUGCUGGCAUCGAGAAGGUACAGGACCCGCAGACUGAGGACCGCAGGCUGCAGCCCUCCACACCUGAGAGGAAGGGCCUCUUCACGUAUUCCCUCAGCACCAAGCGUUCCAGCCCCGACGACGGCAAUGAUGUGUCUCCCUAUUCCCUGUCCCCCGUUAGCAACAAAAGUCAGAAGUUACUGCGGUCGCCACGGAAACCCACCCGCAAGAUCUCCAAGAUCCCCUUCAAGGUCCUGGACGCGCCUGAGCUGCAGGAUGACUUCUACCUGAACCUGGUGGACUGGUCAUCCCUCAACGUGCUCAGUGUGGGGCUGGGGACCUGCGUAUACCUGUGGAGCGCUUGUACCAGCCAGGUGACCCGGCUCUGUGACCUCUCCGUGGAAGGGGACUCGGUGACUUCUGUGGGCUGGUCUGAGAGGGGGAACCUGGUGGCUGUGGGCACACACAAGGGCUUUGUGCAAAUCUGGGACGCAGCCGCAGGAAAAAAGCUGUCCAUGCUGGAAGGCCACACGGCGCGUGUCGGGGCGCUGGCCUGGAAUGCUGAUCAGCUCUCGUCCGGGAGCCGGGACCGCAUGAUCCUACAGAGGGACAUCCGCACCCCACCCCUGCAGUCAGAGCGGCGGCUACAGGGCCACCGGCAGGAGGUGUGUGGGCUCAAGUGGUCCACGGACCACCAGCUCCUCGCCUCCGGGGGCAACGACAACAAGCUGCUGGUCUGGAACCACUCAAGCCUGAGCCCCGUGCAGCAGUACACAGAGCACCUGGCAGCUGUGAAGGCCAUUGCCUGGUCCCCACACCAGCAUGGGCUGCUGGCAUCCGGCGGUGGUACAGCUGACCGCUGCAUCCGCUUCUGGAACACACUCACGGGGCAGCCGCUACAGUGCAUCGACACUGGCUCCCAGGUGUGCAACCUCGCCUGGUCCAAGCACGCUAACGAGCUGGUGAGCACGCAUGGCUACUCGCAGAACCAGAUCCUGGUCUGGAAGUACCCAUCCCUGACCCAGGUGGCUAAGUUGACUGGGCACUCCUACCGGGUGCUGUACCUGGCCAUGUCCCCCGAUGGAGAGGCCAUAGUCACUGGUGCUGGAGAUGAAACCCUGAGGUUCUGGAAUGUCUUUAGCAAAACCCGUUCAACAAAGGUAAAGUGGGAAUCCGUGUCUGUCCUCAACCUCUUCACCAGGAUCCGGUAAACCCGCGGCCUUGCUGUACUGGUCGCAGAAUGUCACCUCUCGUCAGCGUCAUGGACCCUCCCCUCCCCCCAACACGGGCACCAAGGAAGGCAGCAGGGGUGGGGGGAGCCGGGCCUGGAGAGACCCUGAAGAUUCUAUUAAAGCCUGAUUGCGAACCCUGUCAGCCGGUGUUUGGGGUGGGACUGUGGUCGGGCACCAACAGGAGUAGGGGCUCCAGCUCCCUCCACCCUGCAUGGCCCCAGCUUGGACAUCUGCUCGGAGCAGGAUGGACGUCUCCUGGGACCCUGCCUGCUUCCAUCUGUGUCCGUCACCGUCACCACCUUGUUGGGGCAGCAUGCUCUUCCGGGAAGCACACGCUCACCACCGCCCACACCCGCUACGGGACAGACAGCUGGACACCAGGCUGGUCAGCCAGGGGAGGGCCUUGCAGGAGGAUGGCUCAGGUUGGCCUGUGGAUCAAAGGGACGUUCCUGCUUGAGGUUUCUUUGUAGCCGUCUCUGCUGUCCCUGCCCCAGCAGCCAUCCCAGCGACUCUCAUAGGAGCUCUUUAUUGGAGCGGGCCCCAGGCAGGCUACGUGUUGAAGGAGGUCAUCUCAAGAUGGACUUGUCUAAGGAAAAUUGAAGUUGGAUCUGUUCGUGGUUCUGUGCUCACCCCGACUGAGUUGUCCUUGUCACUAAUGGGGUCACAGCUGACUGUGGUUCUUGCAGCUUGCUGGGCAGCCAGUCAGUGUAACCUGAGGGCACAAUCGGCCCCACAGGCCAGUCCUGUGGGUGCCUGGCCCUCCUCCCCAGCCCCUUCCCCUCCAGCCCACUGGAGUGGGUCCUGUCCAUCUGCGCCUUCAGCCAGGGGAGGGGGACCCUGUGGGUUCCCCUAGAAGCUUCCUGAGCUUCCCCAACCCUGGUCCCACCUCACCGUUCUGUGCCCUGUUCCCAGUUGCACCUGGGCCCACCUCCUCCAGCCUCAUCUCCAGACCUGGAGAAAACGGAGGGAGAGAGGUGGGGCCAGUGUGGCAGGGGCCAGAGGACAUUGAUGGAAGUGGACAGGGCGAGGUGGGCCUGGGCAGGACAGGGAUCCAGCAUGGUCAGGGGAAGGCUGCACAGAGCCCCCGUCUCCCCAGUUCUGCUCGGAGCCCCCAUUCCUCCACGGGUUUUGAGAGCCUUGGGUUUCCCCUGAGCCAACCACCUGUGUGCAUGUGUACAUAUGUAUUUGUGACUUCCUUUUGGAUUUGUUUCUGUGUUUCUGUAAAUCAGUGCUCAAAAUGUUAAAGCUUUGUGGGGAGGAGCAGUGGCCCACCCCCAUCCCUGGGGGACACAGAGGUCACAGCUUUUAGAGCCCUCUCUUUCAGAGGGCAGUUGUCUGAACCUGCCUGAACUUGGGGACGGGUGAGAGACAGUGUACAUAGAUGUGUGUAUUCCAAUUGGUCGAGACCUUAUUUUUGUUUGAGUUUUGUUUUUGUUUUGUUUUUUAAUAAGAAAACUGGCCUAUGUGUACCGCACCCUGGCCCUGGUUCUGCUUGUAGGCCCUGGCCCAGGGAGCACAGAAGGGACGUGAAACCAUGAACACAGUGUUGUCAGCACGCACCAUGGCGGGAGCGGCAGUGGGUGCCGUGCAGGGCGUUCCCCUUGGGAUGCAGCAUGACGGUCAUUAAGCCACAGGGGUUGUGCACGGCUGGGGCUCCCAGUUCGUCUGUCUGGGCCUGACAGGUCAAGUGUGCAUAUGCUGAGACCCCACACCAGCCUGAAUGUCACAAACGUAGUGACGGGCUGGCCUUCGUGAGAGGCUGUGGUUAGUGAGUGGCUCUGGUGUCCCUGAAUUCUGGACCUGUGAUUCACGCCCAUCCCUGCGGUCUGGCUGGUUCCCAUGAGAGGAGUAGGGAGGGUGAGAGCUAACCUGGUGGGGAAACCUCCAUCUGACAGCUGGGGCACCAAGCCUACUGGGGACAUUGCCAGCCCAGCGGCCUGCCAUGGGGGAGGGUGUAUGUGGUGGGGCAGGAUUUGUUUCCAUCAAUCCUGGGAUGGUAAAGGUGAAAGGGAAGUAGUGACAUGGUGAUAGCCGAAGGUGAGCAGGGGCCUUCCCUGUCAUGCAGCGGCUUCUGGGAAGGAUGUGGGGGGUCAAGAGGGCUGCAAGGGUAUGGGGGAGGCAAGAGGUCCUGGGGGCCAGAGAGGAAAGUAGCCCAGGCCAGAGAGGCUAUACCACUGGGUGGGCUGGCAGGCCUGGAGACCCCAGGGGGUCUUGAGAAGGAUAAGGCCUCCUGUGGUGAGCAGCUGCCCACAACUGGUGGGCACCCCAGGCCCUUUCCUCCUAGUGAAGAUCCCUGUUCUGGGCACUGGGGACAAGAGAAGCCAGACCCAAGACCUGCCCUUGAGGAGCUUCUGCUGUGGCAGGUGAGUGGGACUGUAGAGUGUUAGGCAUGUCUGGCUGUCAUGGGGCGAAAGUAGAGUGAGGCCUUGGGAGAGAGCAGCUUUGCGUCGAGGGCUUACUAUGAAUCUGAUGUUUGAGCAAGGGCCUUAGGGGAAGCAUGGACACAGCUGGGCAGAGGUGGUGCUCCAGACCAGGGCAUGGCUCAGGCCAAAGCCUUGGAACAGGACCAGGCCUGAUGUGUUGGAGGAAGGGCAAGGAGGUACAUGUGGCUGGAGCAGAGUGAGUGAGAAGAGGAGGGCAGGUCGUGCAGGGGCUUGUGGGCUGCAGGGAGGACUGGGCUUUACCCCCACUGGGGUGGGAGGUCUUGACUGUGCUGAGAUGGGAAGGGAUGAGAUUGCCAUGUAGAGACCUGAAAACAGGUGGGCGGCGGCACAGAGACCAGAGAGGAGGAGGCUCUGAGCAAGGCAGGUGAUGACAUGGACUAUGGCCAGGAACAGAUGAACAUGGUGAAAGGCAGGAAGCUUCUGGAUUUUUUGUUAAUGUUUUGUAUGUGUAGUGAAAUGUGCGUAACAUUAAAGUGUAUGAUUUAGUGC